AUGGGCCUCGGCAACCAGUCCGACAGCGCAUUGAGCUCGAUCAACCCGAUGAUCUUGAGCUCAGCUGGGAAAUCAGCAUGGCAGAGCGUUCGAGUAGAAAGUGCAGUUGGUGCUUGUCGCAGCGUGCUCGGUGCCCUCGGUGGGAGGUUGGCACACCACGACGAGUCGUCAGCUCGUCCUGUUCAUCCCCUGUAUUCGAGAAGGGACCCCCGCCCGCUGGUCAAUCUGGACUUUGACGCCCGCGUUCCGAUCCCCUUCAGUGUCUUCCCGUCCUCGUACCGGAGCGACGCUGUCUCGUCAGCUACUCAGGUCAGAGUAGAAGGAGCUGCCAACUUACCUUCUCGAUCAAGCGCCGGACGGGAAGGUCACGAAGUCCGCUACUCCUCCUUCUCUGCCGAGCUUCCUCGCCGUCAUCACCACGACCGUUCGCAAUAUCAGCAACACGAUCAAGACUUUGUCCUUGAGCGUGAGCGUCAGCUGCGCACCCAUAUUCCCGGCUCCCGUCAACAGGAAGACUUUUACGUGGAGAGAGAGGAUACCCGCUACCCGCGAGACCGUUUCGCCGAGGUAGAACUCUCCCGCGAACGCUACCAAGAACCCUAUCGUCCCUUCUCCGAGACACACAUCGACGUCGACGCCGCCGGCCCUCAGCCUUACGGUCGUAACAUUGAUAACACCCAAGAGUACUACGACCGCGAGUACUCUACCGUCGACGCUCCCCGUUCCUAUCGCGAGACCGAGGUUCGCUCUACCGUUCCUCGUCCCACCGCUCAGUUUGCCGAGUCGAGCAUCGACAUCGCCGAACGCGAGUAUCGUCAGCGUUCCCAGCCCUUGUACGCCGAAGACUACCCCGGCCAAGGAUACCAGCCCGUAGGCGACAUUCGUGUCCAGUCCGAAACCACCGUCGACGCUCCCAAGCCUCACCGUCACCGUAAAUUCACCAUGGGUUACUACGACGAGGACGGUCAAUACCACUCCUUCCGCCACGGUCUCCACCGUGCUGCGGACCGUAUCCUCCAUCCGCUCCACCCCCGUGUCGAGCGCGAGGACAUCUACGUUCACAAUGAUGCCCCCGCCCCCGUCCGCGAGAGUGUGCGCAUGGUUGAGCGUGGUGGCGCGCCCAACACCAUCACCAUCCCGUGCCACCACAUCCGCAUUGGCGACCUUUUGAUCCUCCAGGGCCGUCCCUGCCAGGUCAUUCGCAUCACCACCUCGGCGCAGACUGGUCAGCACCGCUACCUUGGUGUCGACCUCUUCACCAAGCAGCUUCAUGAGGAGUCGAGCUUUGUCUCGAACCCUUCGCCUUCGGUCAUUGUCCAGAAUAUGCUCGGUCCUGUCUUCAAGCAGUACCGCGUUCUUGACAUUCGUGACGACGGCCGUGUCGUUGCCAUGACGGAGACUGGUGAUGUCAAGCAGGGCCUGCCUGUGCUCGACCAAGGUGGCCUGUGGUCCCGCCUCAACGACUCUUUCGCCAAUGGACGUGGCAGCGUUCGCGUGCUUGUCAUCAACGAUGCUGGCCGUGAGCUCGCUGUUGACUACAAGGUCGUCCACGGCUCCCGUCUCUAA